AUGGCCGACAAGGACCCCGUCGAGCGCCCAUCCUUCCUGUCCUACCUCAAGCGAGACAAGGAAAAGGGAAAGGAUAAGAAGUCGUCGGGCUCCAAAUCCACGACUGCCACGUCCACUUCCGGAGCUACGGACAGCAGUCCGGGUAAUCAGGAUGGCUUGUCCAAGAACCAAGUUCGCCGAGCUCAAGUUCGUCGGGCUCAGAUCCAACAUCGCCAGCGUAAAGCAAACUAUGUCAAGCAGCUCGAGAUGGACAUUUCACAGCUCCGCGAGCUCAUCACACAAGCCCAGCACGACACAAGCGCCCUCAGACGCGAAAAUGACGACAUGAUGGCCUUCCUGGAUCAAAACGGCAUUCCCAGCCCUCCGGGCCUCACUCAUAGCACAGGGUCUCCCAGUGCCGCGACGGUACUGUCUGACGCACAAAACACGGACAACUCACAACAACCUACGCCCGCAUAUCCUAUCAUGGACAACACCGACUUGCUCCUCUCCGGCAACUAUGGCUUAGACGAGGAGCUCAUCGUCACACUUAGCUCAAACAAGCUCAUGGGAACACCGGCUUUCAGCGUCAACCCCAGCUCAACCAACAGCAGCUACUACACGGGCCAAGUGUCGGCAGCUUGGUCACAAGGCCAGGUCCAACUUACACCCGCCCAAGAGCUGAGCGUCAUCAACUUUAUUCUCGCUCUGGAGCACGUCUGCUGGGACCACUUCUGGGUCGGCGACUGCCACAACCACAGCGCCCAGACCGAAGAGGAAAAGGGCCACACCCUCAUGGCCUCGUCCUACCUCAUGGCCAACGCCCCCGAGUCCAUCUAUACCGAGCGCGAGGCCUUCCGAAGCCGCUUCCGCAGCGCGCCCACCCUCCGCUGGCCCGCCUCCACCGUCACCCUCGACUCCCUCUACGGCCUCGCCCAGUCCCUCAACCCGGGCGGCGACGAGGUCGCCCCCGUCCAGGCUUGGUUCGAGCUCGCCAGCCGCUACCCUGUCGACGACCUUCUCCGACCCGACACCCUCGAGGCCCUCAAGCGCGAAUUCAAGGGCGUUGUCCGCUGCGUCGCCUUUGGCGCGGCAAUGGAGCGCGGCGCCUUUGAGAGCAUCGUGCUGCGCGUCCUGGGUCCAGACGCCGAUGCGCUCGCAUUGCUGUAA